AUGGCAGGCGAAACAGGGCCUAUAGCCCUCUCGCGGGGGAUGUCGAUGCUCAUCGCCGCUUUCUUUGCCAUCUCCUGCUACAACGUGCUGGAGAUCACUAUCACGAUUUUCACGACAUUCAAGCGACGACGAGGGCUCUACUUCUGGAGCAUGCUGGCGGCCAACUGGGGAAUCCUGCUACAUGCCAUCGUCGUCUUUCUCCGAUUCUUCGGCCUAGCACCCAACCUGCCCAUGUGCGUCCUGACCGUGCUGGGCUGGUACGCCAUGGUUACGGGGCAAUCCGUGGUGCUCUAUUCUCGACUCUACCUCGUCACCGGCGACACACGACGAUAUCGCUGGAUCCUGUACAUGAUCAUCACGAACUUCUGCAUCCUGCACAUUCCCGUGAGCAUCCUCUUCAUCGGGAGCAACGCCGGCGACGACCGCUUCGUUAAACCAUUCAACAUCUACGAGAAGAUCCAGCUGGCUGGAUUCUGCGCCCAGGAGAUCCUCAUCAGCGCCAUCUACAUCUGGGAAGCCACGGCAGUCCUCCGCCCCGUGUUGGCCGUCAAGGGACGGAAGGGUCACUACGUCUGGCUACAUCUCAUCGUAGUCAACUGCUUCAUCAUCCUGCUGGACGCGUCGCUCCUCGCAACCGAAUACACGAAUAACUUCGACGUGCAAACCACCUACAAAACCGUCGUCUACAGUGUCAAACUGAAAAUGGAAUUCAGCAUGCUGAACCGGUUGAUCGGCGUCGUGCGGACCAACACCACCAUCGACGACUGCGUCGUGGACUCGCAGCAACACCGGGACUCGGAUUCCCGCAGAAUGAACACCCCGGACGGCGGCGCCGCCUUGAACGAUAACCUGCGUCUUCUCCCACGCGAUGGACAUUACGGAGACAAUCACGGCGACUUGGUCGUGGAAGCGUCCUAUCAACGGACAGCGCCGCUUCCACCACUGGAGGAUGAUACUCGAGUUGUAACAUAUCCUGUGGCGUUGCAUCCAAAAGUUUAG